AUGAGGAAAGUGAUGACACAGGUGAACAGGACCCUGAGGAACCAGGUCCAGAAAGAACAGAGAAAGACAGUAAAGAAAAAGGAACACACGAAGUUAAACCAACUCUUCCUGAGGGCGCCAACAAGGCUGCUUCUGCUUCUAGCAGCAGCAGUAGUUCCUCAUCAAGUGAUGCUGGAGGUGCUGAUCUUGGUGGAGGCGGUCGUAGUGUACUUUGGAAUGCUUGGUAAGACAAGAAAACGUUACAGAAGAGCUUAUCAAGUGCGUGGUCCAUCCUUAGAACAGCAGAUUGUUGACGAUGUGGUCCAGGAUGGUCCACGUGAAUAUACCUUAGUAAAGGAACGAAAACCUCGUUCUACGCCUAUAAAAAGGAGGAAAAAACGGGGCCCUCGUCUCCGUGCUGGUCGUCGUGGUGGUGUAUGUCGCCGCAUGAUUAUUGAUAUUCAUUUAGAAAUCUUAGACGAAUGCCAUAAAGGGGACAUGCAUUCCACGAAAGAAGACUUUUUUGAAAUUUUGGCUCAAGAAUUUAUGACAUCUGAAUUUAUAAAAGAAGAAAAGUUUCCAUGUUCAGGUUUCGGGUUUAGGGAGGUAAACUUUGUUCCUAAGGAAGAUGUCCCUGUGGAACAGUUUCCAAGUUCAGAUUCCGGGUUUAGGGAGAAAAACUUUGUUCCUAAGGAAGAUGUCCCUGUGGAACAGUUUCCAAGUUCAGAUUCCGGGUUUAGAGUUUAUGUUCUUAAGGAACGUGUUCCUAAGGAAGAAGUUCUUAAGGAACAGGUUUCAAGUUUAGAUUUCGGUUUUAGGGUUGAUAUUUCUAAGGAACAAGUUCGAUGUUCUGAUUCCGGGUUUAGGGAAGAAGACUCUGUUCCUAAGGACCAAGUUCCAAGUUUAGAUUCCGGGUUUAGGCAGAAGACUUUGUUCUUAAGGAAGAUGUUCCUAAUGAACAGGUUCACAGUUCAGAUUCCGGGUUUAGGGAAAAAGACUUUCUUCCUAAGGAAGAAGUUCUUAAGGAACAAGUUCCUAUGGUUGGUUCCAAGUUCAGAUUUGGGGUUUAGGGAGGAGGACUUUGCCCCUGAGGAUGAUGUUCCUGAGGAACAGGUUCGAAGUUCCGAUUCCGGAUAUAGGGUGUAG